AUAUAAACAAAACGUGUAUUUAUUUACAUUAAUUUGAUAAACAAAAUCACAUUUUAACUGCAUUGCGACAUACACCUUGGUAUGCUUGAAAUUGAUUUACUUCUAAUAAAGUCUUCACCAAAUGGAUACGGACAAACUGAAUCGCGAGCUUCAAAUCUAUCGCAACCACGUAAAAAUCUGCCGGGAAAAUGUUAUACACAAAUUGGUACGCGAUAUAAAAUUCUGGAAAACUAAACAAGAAUCGCAGACGAAUAACAAACGAGCAACCAAAAAGGUGGAGUCGCUGGAAUUAAUUUUCAGUUUCAUACGAUCGCAAUCGGCAUCGGAUUUAGCUAAAGCCGUUAUAAGAUUUAAUCCGAAACAAGAUGUUGCCGGUGGAUCGCUUAGUACAGAGCAACGUGCAAUAAUGCGAUUUCACGAGAACAAAAAACUGCAACCUGAAACAAAGGCCUUGAUAAGAAAGUUUGGACUUAAGAGUAAAAUGGACGUGUUGGAUAAGUAUUUAAAGAGUGCAAAAGAGAGUAAAAGCAAAAGUAGGAAAAAGAAAAUUGACAAAAAGAGUAAGAAAAAAGGAAUGGAACAAGAUUCAGAAGAUCAAGGUUUUUGUGAAGUUGAUAAUCCCCCUGAAACAGAGGAAGAAAUCGUUUCUGACGAAGCAAACGAAACUAGUAAAUUUGUCAAAACUGCUCAAAUAAGCGUAAAAAAAUCAGACAGUAAAAAGUCGAAGCGAAAAGUUGUUAAAAGUCCAAGCAAGGUCCAAAAUGAAAAGAAAACUGUUAAACCACCAGAUGAGGAAGACGACGGCGAGGAGAAUUGCGUUAAGAUUCAGGACAGUUUUUUCGUGACGAGUUCUGGUCAGAGUUAUGUUGCCACAGCUCCCGUAGUAGACAGCAAACAGUUGGAAAAGGAAUACAAAAGUUGGAAAAGAAGCAAUAAACGAAAGGAAGUUUUUGGUAAAAAGGAAGACAAAUCCAGUGGGAAAACUGCGGCGGUUAAUGAUUUGCACUCGUCUUGGAAGGCUAAACAACAACAAAAAGCCAUACCAUCAUUUCAAGGUAAAAGAAAACACUUUGGCGAAGAUGAGGUGGAUAAAGAUAGCAACCAACUAAGCCUAGAUUUGCACCCCUCGUGGGCUGCUAAACAAAAACAAAAAACCCUGCAGCCGUUUUUGGGCAAGAAAACAAAAUUUGAUUCGACGGAAAGUGCGGAAAUAGUGGACAAAACUAGUGGCCAGGAUUUACACCCGUCAUGGGCUGCAAAACAGAAACAAAAAGGUAUCAAACCUUUUGUUGGUAAGAAAAUCGUGUUUGACUCCAGUGAGCCAACGACUGCAGCUAGUCCAAGCACAUCGGCGACUAGCAGGAGCGCAACGGAAAACAAAACUGUGCAACCGGUUGAUCUGCAUCCGUCUUGGGCUGCCAAGCAAAAGGAAAAAGGUAUCAAGGAAUUUCAAGGCAAGAAAAUUACAUUCGACGAUUGAGAGUGUAUGUAACCUUGCUUUAUCAUUCUUAAUGUUAAACUAUUAACUGGAAUAAAUAACAUACUGUCUAUAAUGUGAGUUAAA